AUGGCGAACAAUGUUUUCGGUUCCUUCUCGGGUGCGAUUUUUGCGACAUUUGCGACAUUUGCGGGGAUUUUUGGUUCUACUACUACUACAAGGUAUUCGACCUCCAUAAAUCUUGCAUUAAUGCGUCGUGCUCAGGAGGGUGCAGGGGAGAGACAUGUUCUGUUCUGCGGUGCAAGGCUGAGGCGGCGAGGAAGAGCUCAACGUCAGCGGGCUAGGGCACGGCUCCAUUUCGAUCCACUUCCCGCAUAUGAUUGGAGGAUCAAGGGGGUCGUUAAUGAAAUCAAAGAUCAACUUGAAGCAAGCUGUUGCUGGGCUUUUGCCGCAGUAGGAGUCGUCGAGUCCCUGUAUGCCAUUUUCACAGGGUUGCUGGUGAGGCUCUCCGAGCAGGAACUGAUGGACUGUUGUUAUGGUCAAGACUGUUGUGAUGGUGAAAAGAGAAAAGGACAAACCAAAUUUGCACUCGAGUACAUAAAAAGAAAUGGCAUUUCAAUGGAAGAGGACUAUCCAUAUGAGGGUGUUAAAGGGACUUGCCGAAGGAACACUUUAGGAAGUACUGGAGAAAGAAUUAGAAUUGAUGGUUACCAACAAGUUCCCGCCAAUGACAAGGAUAUGCAACUUGCAGUAGAACGCCAGCCAGUAGCUGUGAAGAUUCGCGUCCCUCAAUCUGAUCUGAAAAAGUUUUUUGAUUAUGAAAAGGGUGUCGUCAGUGGGCCUUCUAUUUCUCCAGAGAAGUAUGUCUACGACGAAUGCUUAACUCACGGGAUGGUCAUCGUUGCCCUAGGGCAUACUUCUAGAGGCUGCAACUACUGGGUACUCAGGAACUCCUGGGGCCCAGAGUGGGGCAUAGGGGGCUACAUGCUCAUGCGCAGGAACCCUAACCUUGCGUCCGGAACUUACAACAUCAACACCAAUGCUCUUUAUCCUACCAGAGCUUAUAAAUUUGAGCCGGACACUGGGGCAUUUGAUACUACAUAGUGUUGAUACUGAUCCUAUGAAAAUCUUGCUGAAUUUUGGAACUAUGACCUGAUACUAUACAUAGUGUUGAUAUUACUCGGAAGCUGCAAGUUUAUUUUAGAAUUUUACUUCAAUUUUACUUCAAUUACUCGGAAGAAAGUUGUUAUACAUUGCGAGGUUGCGACUAGAAAGUAGAAAACUUAAAGAAAUGCUCGAUUGAAUUUUCGUUUAAAACUAGUCAAGUAUAGGUUAAGUUUUUUUUUUAUACAUCGAAAAGAUAAAUUGUACCUCUUAAUGAU